AAAAAGGUGGGUUUUUGGAAAAGGUCGAGGGGUGAUUUGGUCAAUUGGAUUCCAUCUUCAUCUGGAGAAAAUCAAAAGUGAAAAAGUCUGAGCUUUGAGGUUGAAAUGAAAUUUUGCUGGGAAAGUUUAGAAAAGAUCAAAUCUUUACAAAGAAAAAGGAAAAAAAAAAUAGAGGAGAAGUGGGAUUUAUUACAACAAUUAUUUACUUAAAGAAAAAACAAAACAUCAACAACAACCGAAGGUUGAUUGAUGAUGAUGAUGUUCUUUCCUAAAUCCAUUAUAUUUCUGUAGAUUCUAACUCUCUCUCUCUCUCUCUCUCUCUGUGUCCUUUGAGAAAGAAUGGAGUAGCUCAACUAUCUCUUUUGGUCGCUUUUGGUGGAAAAUGCUGGUUGGGUUCUUAAGAUCAAACCCAGAUCUUGUUACCUUUUGAUCUGGUAGAAUGCUUUUGUUAAUCUUUGGAAGCUGAAGAAAAUUAGAGCCAAGGAGACAAAAGGCACAUGGGGUUUUUUUUUUUGAUACAAGUCAAAAAAUGAUGCAUGCUUUGCCACUCAAAAGGAGAAAAGAAGAUGAAGUAUAUUAAGAUUUUUUUCAACAUAUGAAGUGGGUUGGAUGUUGCUGUUCAAGUAAACAAGGAAUUUUCUCUGUUGGAAUGAGUAAUAACUCAUCUUAUUGAGGAUGGAGUUGCACAUUUAUUUGUGUGUUAGCCUUAUCGGUGGCUUUCGAUUUAUGAGUUGACAGUCUUGUGCAACUAAGUUUUCCUUGCUGGGCUGAUAUCUCUUUUCUACAUCCUUGAUGGUGCAUUUGCUUUGAAGGGCUUUCUUUUAAUAUCCGGUUGUUAAGUGCAUAAAAAGAGAUUCUCCAUCUAAGUUACAAUGAUCAAACAAAUACUUAAUAGGCUCCCACGGAAACCAUCUAAGUCCAGUGACAAUCGUGAUGGAGGAGGAGGAACCUCUACCUCUUCAUCAAAUGCUUCUACCAGUUCAAGAAACAGCGAUCUAGCAAGUACCCGAUAUGCAAACGCAAGUGGUGCAGCCUUUUCUGGAUUUAAUUCUACUCCAAAUAUAGGGCUGAAUCCAGGCAAUAAGAUUUCUCAAGUGGUGAAUGCAAAGCUGAAUGGGAAUAUGUUUGCUUCUUUUGAGGCAUUGCCCAGUUUUAGAGAUGUUCCAAAUUCUGAGAAGCAGAACUUGUUCAUCAGAAAACUGAACUUGUGUUGCAUUGUGUUUGACUUCACUGACCCAACCAAAAACUUCAAAGAGAAGGAUAUCAAGCGGCAAACUUUACUAGAGCUCGUGGAUUAUGUUUCAUCUGCCAGUGGGAAAUUUUCGGAGAUUGUGAUGCAAGAAAUUGUAAAGAUGGUGUCUGUCAAUUUGUUUAGAGCACUUACUUCUCCGCCCCGUGAGAACAAAGUUUUGGAAGCAUUUGAUUUGGAAGAGGAGGAGCCCUCAAUGGACCCUGCAUGGCCUCAUUUGCAAGUUGUUUAUGAAUUUCUCUUGAGGUUUGUGGCAUCACCUGAGACAGAUGCAAAAUUGGCCAAGCGGUAUAUUGAUCACUCUUUUGUUCUAAGGCUGUUAGAUCUUUUUGAUUCAGAGGACCCCAGAGAAAGGGAGUAUCUGAAAACUGUUCUGCAUCGCAUCUAUGGAAAAUUUAUGGUCCAUCGUCCAUUCAUCAGGAAAGCAAUCAACAACAUCUUUUACCGCUUUAUUUUUGAAACUGAAAAACACAACGGAAUUGCAGAGCUAUUAGAAAUUUUGGGAAGUAUAAUCAAUGGGUUUGCUUUGCCACUGAAGGAAGAACAUAAGCUCUUUCUUGUUCGUGCAUUGAUACCGCUUCACAAACCAAAGUGCAUACCUAUGUACCACCAGCAGCUAUCUUACUGCAUCACUCAAUUUGUGGAGAAGGACUGCAAGCUUGCUGAUACUGUUAUACGAGGCUUGCUAAAGUAUUGGCCAAUUACAAAUAGCUCAAAAGAAGUCAUGUUCUUGGGUGAACUGGAGGAAGUUUUAGAAGCCACACAACCUCCUGAGUUUCAACGCUGCAUGGUACCCUUAUUCCGUCAGAUAGGCCGUUGCUUGAGUAGUUCGCAUUUUCAGGUGGCAGAGAGGGCUUUGUUCUUAUGGAACAAUGAUCACAUUGAGAAUCUAAUAAAACAGAAUCGGAAAGUUAUACUUCCAAUUAUCUUCGCUUCCUUGGAAAAGAAUGCAAGAAACCACUGGAACCAGGCAGUUCAGAGCUUGACUCUAAAUGUCCGCAAGAUUUUCUCCGACUCUGACCCUGAGCUUUUUGAGGAGUGCUUGCAAAAGUUUCAGGAAGACGAAGCACGGGAAAAUGAGGUUAAAUCAAAACGUGAAGCCACAUGGAAACGAUUAGAAGAGAUUGCUGCAAUGAAAGCUGCAAGCAAUGAACCUGUGCUUGUCUCCCCAAAAAUAACUACUCGGAAGCCAUCAGGCUAGGACAAGAGAUUGCCAUUGUAGUUGCUGAUGGUUUUCAUUUCAAGGUCUGUAUGCAAACCGUAUAGGUUGGUGGACAUGGUGAUUUUGGGAAGCAAGAUGAUGAAGCUGAGUUUUUAUUAUUUGUAUCAACUGUUCACCGUCUGAACAUUUGGUUUGCUAGAUUUUGAUGUCACACAGGUUCAUCAAGAUUGCUGCUUAUGUGGGGUAAAUCUGAGCUCCUUUUGCUCAUAUAUGCUUGUAUAUAAUGGAUUGGGGACAAAAAAACAAAAAAACAAAUGAGUUUGGCUUGUAAAGUAGACAUCUUUUUCCAUUCAUAAUCUUUUAAGGGUGGCAAGAAAGCAUGAAUUCCAAUUCUA